AUGGACAAAAAGAAAGAUGAUUUAAAUGAACAAGAAUUGUGGAAAUUCAAUAGAAUAUUGCUUACGAUAACAAUACUAGUGUUGCUGUUUAUCGGUAUAAAACAAGCGUUGUAUAUUGCUAGAAAUGACAAUACGACAUGUUUACAAGACGUUCAGCAUGGUGGUCAAAUACUGACUGUAAGCCUGGUAUCACUUGAUAAACGUAAAUUAGCUGAAGUGAAUCAUAUGACAUCAGAAGUUAAUAAGACCUGA